ACCAACUCAAAGCUCUUACUAGUGAGCACCUGCAGGCUGCAGUGCCAGAGAGAGAGAGGUAUGGCAACAUCAGUAGAGAUCAUGAACCCCAGCACUGAGGUUCUUGAGACUGCAGCCACCUCAGUGUUCCAGCCAGGGAAGCUUGCGAUCGAGGUGAUUCCUGUGGAUCAUGACACAAAUCCGACACCACCAAUUCCGAUCUUGAUUGCCUCUCCCAAGGAUGCAGGAACAUACCCGGUCGCCAUGCUCCUGCAUGGUUUCUGCCUCCAGAACCAUUUCUAUAAACAAGUUCUCAAACAUAUUGCCUCUUUUGGCUUCAUCAUGGUUGCACCCCAGUUCCAUAUCAGCAUAUUGGCCAAAGGUGACACCGAGGACAUAGCCGCAGCAGCUGAAGUGACAGAUUGGCUCGCUAAGGGGCUACCAUCCAUCCUGCCCAAAGGCGUCGAGCCGAACCUUUCCAAGCUCGCUUUGGCCGGCCACAGCCGAGGUGGCCACACAGCGUUCUCUCUUGUCCUGGGGCAUGGCAAGACCAAUCUCAAGUUCUCUGCUCUCAUUGGUCUUGACCCUGUUGCUGGCACAGGCAAGUCUUCGCAAAUCUCACCCAAGAUCCUCACCUACGAGCCCUCCUCUUUUGACAUAGCGAUGCCCGUCUUGGUCAUCGGCACUGGGCUGGGAGAGGAGAAGAAGAACAUACUAUUUCCUCCCUGCGCUCCCAAGGAUGUUAACCACAGGGAGUUCUACCACGAGUGCAGGCCACCUUGCUACUACUUUGUGACCAAGGACUAUGGACAUCUCGACAUGCUAGAUGACGAUGCUCCAAAGUUCAUGACCUGCAUGUGCAAAGACGGCAAAAACUGCAAGGACCUGAUGAGGAGGACCGUUGCUGGCAUCAUGGUAGCGUUCUUGAAGGCUGUGCUUAAUGAAGAAGAUGGUGAUCUUAGAGUCAUAAUGAAGGACCCUAAGCUCACACCAACCACAGUCGACCCUGUUGAGCACCGUCUGGCAUGAGCAGGAAGAUCAUAAAUCAUAAGGACUUAUUGAGUUAAACAAGUGUCAGUUGCUUGUUUGUUUCCAUGUUUCCAAAAACUAAAUGUCACCUGUUGCUGUAUGUCCUUUCCUAAGUCCAAAUCAUAAUGAACUGAAUAAAAAUAAUGGACAGAGUUACAUCCGUGCA